AGGGGCAUAUAGAAAGGCAGUGUGGCAUUGAAUAUGCAGAGGAAAGAGACAAGUGGGAUAAUGCGAGGAGAUUUUCCAAGAUCUCAGAAUCUCAGCUUUACCUCUUUAGCUUAGAAAAGCUAGAUUUCUGAUUUCUUUCUUCUGAUUUCGUACCCUCCAGGUCCUUUUCAUCUUCUUACACCACACUAUUUCAGUAUUUUUGAUGUUCUCGUCAAUCGCCCACAACUUGCAUUACAAGUCACUUCCGCUCCAUUCGGUUCCUCCACCACUGUAUAAAUAUUGGAAGCAGAUUCCCCGCACAUUUCUGGUUAUGGGUUCCGCCGCCGGCGAAUUUCUUCGGCAUGUGUUACCGGAGAAAGUUGGGGUUUCUGAUCACUCCGCUGCUGGAUCGGAGCUCCAUGUUCUUGCUGUUGAUGAUAGCCAUGUGGAUCGGAAGGUGAUUGAGAGGCUGCUCAAGAUAUCUUCUUGUAAAGUGACGGCUGUGGAGAGUGGAACGAGGGCUCUGCAGUUUCUGGGGUUGGACGGGGAGGAGAACUCAGUUGGAUUUGAUGGUUUGAAGGUGAAUCUGAUCAUGACGGACUAUUCUAUGCCUGGGAUGACAGGGUAUGAGUUGCUCAAGAAGAUCAAGGAGUCAAAGGCUUUCAGAAAGAUACCAGUGGUGAUCAUGUCUUCAGAAAACAUCCUGACUCGCAUUGACAGGUGUUUAGAGGAAGGUGCAGAGGAGUUUAUAGUGAAACCAGUAAAACUGGCAGACGUGAGACGCCUGAGAGAUUUCAUAAUGAGAGGAGAGGAAGAGGGAGAGGAAAAUAGGAAGAAAGGGAACCAUAAGAGAAAGCUACAAGAUGAUUACAGCAUCUCACCCCCAUUGUCACCAGCACCAUCACUUGAUUGUGAGAUAUCCUCGUUGCUACUACCAUCUUCUUCUUCUUCUUCUCCAGAGUGUCCUUCAAAGCGACCUAGAUUGUGGGUUGAAGAUUAAGUUGCUGUGACUUCUCAUCUGAGUGGGCCUAUUUUGUCAGCCUCACCUGGUGUCUGCAUUGUAGCUGCGCGCUCUGGUGGAGGUUACUUCUUGUUCUGUUUUGAAUCUUAUACUAAAUGUGCAAAAUUACUGAAAUGAAGAUUUCACUACGACCCAAAACUUAAAAACCAGAACCACGACAUGAGAGAAGUCCAGAAAAAUUCUUUUCCUCUCUGAUGAUGUAGUUAAUGAAAAAAUUUAUUCCAUCAGAGUUA